AAUUAUGGAAGAAAGGAAGAGAUCAAGCGUUCGCAUAAUGCGCGGAAAAGUAGCAAAGAACUGCAAAUGGUUAUGCUCGUUGACUUUGACGCGGCUGGUGAUUUUACGGCCAUUAGGCUCCGAUUUAACGUCGAUUAGUAUCGCGGUGAAGAUGCAGAGCUCGAAGAGGACGCUGCGCUCCAACGAGAUGGCCAUUCCAACCGGUGGCAUGCUGGACACCGAGCUAGAGCUGCAAUUCGCGCUUCAGUAUCCGCAUUUCCUGAAGAGGGACGGCAACAAGCUGCUGAUACAACUGCAGAGGAGAAAACGCUAUAAAAAUCGCACGAUGCUCGGGUACAAGACGCUAGCCGAGGGAGUUAUCAAUAUGGCUCAGGUUCUCCAGAAGCAGAUGGACCUGGAGCUGGAGCUAGUGUCUGACAAAGCGGAGAAGUACGGUGGCCACUCGGUUGUGUUAGCCCGCGUGAGCGUUGUCGCGCUCAGCUCCCAGCCGGUCGACCAGGACAAAAGACUGAUGAACGACCCGAACGAGAGGCUCUGCCCCGAGUAUAGCGACGAGGAGGAAGAGUUCAGCUCAGAGGGUGAAGCGGAAGGCAGCGACAGCGAGCCAACUCUUGAGAUGGGACACAGACGAAAGACCCGGGCGAAGAUUCCGCCCAACGCCAGGCAAAGAAAUCUAAAGCAGAAAUUCAUAGCGCUGCUGAAAAGACGGUUCAGGGUAUCCGAGGACCUCGAUCAAGAUCAAGAGGAGAUCGGGCAAAAGCUGUCAGACUCGUUAACUGGAUUUGUUAAAGGGGCAGAAAUGGAAAUCGAGGAACUGUUCGACGAACUGGAAAAUUUUUCAGACAGUGGCCCCGAAUUGGACACGAUGUCCGUCAGUAGCACGCCCAAGCCGUCCCUGCGCCCUUUCUUCAGCUCUAGUCGAUCUCUUCUCGCGCCUCCUCACUCCGUAACCAACGAGGAGACCGGAAACACUGCUGCGACAGCCAUAGGUCAGCAGAGCGCAGGUCAGCCAGCUAAAGAGAAACAGCGUAUCGGACACACCACUCCAGAACGUGGCGUGGAUAGGCAAAGUGACGAUAGUUCCCGAAGAGCGGACAGCGACUCGCACCCGGAAAAUUGGACGGAUCACGAGGCGAACGAUCCGCCGAAUUACGUGACGGGCUCGCCGCCCAAAUCGGAACAGCAUAACAAGGCCGAGAACACGGACAAACGGAGCAGGCUUUUUACUCGCGACAGAGGCGUGCCGGCCACCAAUAAGUCCAAAAAGCAUAGCCUCAGUGUGGACCUGAAGCCUCCUGCCGACUUGAAUAGCUCGGAGCCGAGGAAAGCGUUGGUCGAGCAAUUAAGCCGGGUUUUGCCGGAUGACAGUUUGCCGGACGCUGUGUCGUUGGUGUCGCUGGCUGAUCCUGGCGCGGCUGUGCUGGCCACGAGACUUCAAGAGAGGAACCACAGGGUCCUGACGACCGCCUCUCCGGCGGAUAUUCGUGCCACGUUCACGUGCUUGGUCACGCGAAUACAGAAAUUUUGUAACAGCUCGGCUAAGCCGCCGGCACCGAUCAAAGUAGUCAUUGCCGGUGGUGAUGGUUUCGUGAAUGCAGUGCUCCGCCACUACGUGGAUCAGCUAAGUUUCCGACCGCAGAGUUAUCUCAAGUUCUUCGUCGUGCCUCUGGGCUCCAAUACGUUGUCCAAAUACCUCGGCUCCAUAGACGCCAAGUACUCGAUGUUAUUCGGUGACGAGUGGAAAGAAUUGUUGGAAAGGGAGGGCGGUGGCGCGAGCGAGGGUGCGGCCAGAGUUUCCGAGUAUUUGGCUUCGGCUGGUACAACCUUGCUACUGCCGAUUGCGGAAGCCAUGGUUACCUACAGAGAAACAGACGACAGCAGCCAAAUCUUCAUCCCAUUCAUAAACGACGUCCGCGUGGGUUGUCCGGACAGCAGUUCCUCCGCGUCGGUUGACCUCGAAGAGAGCAACGUGACCAUGUCUGGCUCUCCACCUUCUCUGCCACCCCCCGCAUUACCUGUUCCACUUCCUGGUAGGUUAACGCCACCAAGCAGCCCGAACGUCGGUCAACCAACGAGGGAAGGCUGGGAACCGGUCGAGUUACAACUCGAUUAUUGGAGCAAGCAAACACAGGGUGAAAAGGGCAAGAACACAUUAAGACAGGCGUUUAGGGCGUUACACGUUCAGAGACUUCCGCCUCUGGGUGAAACUCCUGGCCACUAUUUGUCCAUGAACUACACCACAAAGGAGAAGAAACAGAAAAUAAUGAGACUGGGUAAGAAGAAAGAGAAAGAGAAGGAAAACGAGCCAAAGAGUCAAACAGUGGAAGGCGUGACACGACUUAUAUGCUCUGCGAAGACUCACAACAUUCCAUUAAGAGUGAGCAUCGACGGUACCGAGUGGUACGGCGUGAAAUUCUUCCAACUGUCGGCGCAGUGGCAGACGCACAUCAAGACGUUCCCGAUAGCGAUGUUGGAGUACAGCCCCCAGCAACAAGCAGCGAACCCCACGUAAACGCUUGCCUCGUUCCCGUCAGCGGCCAGACGUUUCGCCAGAUUUCGUUUGUGUUCAUGGAUAUUGCCAAUUAGAAACAACCGCUUAGCUUAUCGCGCAAAACCCGAAAGCCAUGAAACCCUGGGAACGUCGGAAAAUAGA